AUGGCUUCACUCACCAAGAGCCAGAAGAAAAACCGCAAAGAGAAGAAGCGACGGGUCCGCCGGGCCACUGAGGCCGCGGGAAAUGCGCCACCUCCCUCUGAUCAAGAGGUAAACAGACUGUGGACAAUUGCCUACGAGGCCAUUGAAAAGGCCAUCGCCGCUACUGCGCGGAAUUCUGCUGCUGCUACUACUACUGCUGGUGGUGACCUUGGUGGCCCUGACCGUGGUGGCGGCCAGGGUGCUCUCCAGGGUACCACCAACCAGGCAGUGAGCGAGCCACUAACGGGUGGCCCUACCGACUCUCCCUCCCCCUCCGGCCCUGCGAAGGUAAGCCUUCCUCUUCUUUCCCUCUCCCCCUUAAACCAGGAUAUCUUGUCUGAGAUUCAAGCGGUUGCACUCUGCACUGAAUGGUAA